AUGUCGUUGCUCGAGUGGCCUCUGUUGCGUUACACGAAUUGCGGUGGUAUCGAAAUUUGUGGAAAAUGUAACAGUUGGCCGAUGCUCGGAGUUGGCGGUGACGGGGAAGAUGGAGAAGGAAGGCAGACGGGGUUGGAGGGUUGUACGGAAAAAAAGAAAAUAAGAGCCAGCCCGGUUCUCGUAAAUAAACUCGCCUUAAUAUUGUAUCGUCAGAUUUUCACGUUGCACCGCUUCGGCAUCAUUCCUGCUGAGCUGGAGGCGUGUGGACGAUUGUUUGGUUGCGUCCAGCGGCUGUGCAGCAGUGGUGGCAGUACAGUGGACGAGAGUGCACAGCCCCGUCAACGUCGUGUUAGACGCGGUGCCCAGAACUUGGAAGAGAGUACAAGUCCGGAAGAUGGCAUUCUACCGGCCCCGAUCAGUCCGAGUCCGGCUUCGACCUCCUCGCAGGAGGAUUCAUGUAAACCACCGCCUCGAAACUGUUACAGACUCGUUGUUCUCGGCACUGCCAGGGUCGGUAAAACCGCCAUUGUAGCAAGAUUUCUAUCGAACAAAUUCGAAGAAAGUUACACUCCCACGAUCGAAGACUUUCAUCGUAAAUUAUACAGAAUCAGAGGGGAAGUGCACCAACUCGAUCUUCUGGACACAAGUGGCAAUCACCCAUUUCCUGCCAUGAGACGUCUGUCUUUUCUAACCGGUGAUUUGUUCGUGCUGGUGUUUAGCAUGGACUGUCGCGAGUCGUUCGAAGAAACGAUAAGGCUCAGAGAGGCUAUUCUUGAGUCAAAAGUCAGUGCAACUCAGGGAAAAAGUCGUAAAAGUUACCACCACCUCAGAGUACCGAUGGUCAUCGUUGGAAAUAAAUGUGAUCGUGAGGCUAAAUCCGUAACGGUUGAGGAGGCUGAAGAAUAUUGCAACUCACAAGACGACUGUUGCAUCUUCGUCGAAGUUUCGGCGAAAAGGAAUUAUCACGUUGACGAAUUGUUCUAUCAGCUCUUCGUGGUCGCUGGUUUGCCACUGGAAAUGGCGCCUAAUCAUCAUCGGAAAGUUCCAUUGACUUUCGGCUCACCCACGAUGCUACCACCCUCCCAGCCGAAGCAUAAAUCGACCCUGAGCAUAAAGCGCCGGUUGAGCGACGCCUGCGGAGUAGUCGCGCCAAAUGUCCGGCGACCGAGCAUACGAACUGAUCUGAUGAUAAUGAGGACCAAAACGUGCUCGCUAGCCGCUGGAAACGAAAAUAAUACUCCGGGCUCGCGAAUAACGCUUCGCUCCACCGGAACCGGAAAAUCGUGCUCAAUUCAGUGACACAAGGCUAAUGAACGGACAGGCCGAGGGAGAUGCGGCCAAAGAUUGAGGACAAAAACAUUGAAAAUAUAGAAAAAAUUAGACAAGAAAUACGAGAGUUACGAUUAAGUAUUUAAAAAUGUUAUGAGAUUUUUCUAAAUCAUGAAUCCCACUUCGAUUUAAGAAUAACAAGAUCUUACUAAAUCCGAUAAGACGGAUUUACGCGCGGACGAGGGAGGGGGGGAGAGACAAAUAAUAUUUAAAAUGCACGUGCGCACGUACUCACGACUUUUCCAAAUGAAUUAAAGCGAUGAAUAAAAAAUGUGUUGGUUAAUUAAUAAUAGGUUAGCGAGGACUUUUAAAUCGAGAAUAAAUCUUUGUAUUUCUCAAAACUACUCAUGAACCACACUCGUAGAAUCUAUAAAUCAAUAAAUAUACAUACUCGAUGAGAAAUGACAAAUAAAUCACUUUUUUCAAGAUCAACAUCAAUGAAACGUCUUUUUAACGAAAAGAACGCAGCUAUUUACUUGCAUACAUAAAAAUAUAUAUUUUAAAAAUCUAUAAAUCUACAAAUUCAAAGACCUAUUUGAUUGAUAGAAAAAGAAUGAAAAUUAUUGUAUGGUUGUAGAGUCGAAAAUAUGCAUAUGCGGGAGAUUCAAUCGAAUACAAUAAAGUAAUUUUAGUUGUUAUAAAGUGAAUCAUAACGUGGAAACGACGACGCAGUUUCCAUGCUAUCAACAAUGACAAUCGCAUAUUCUCCGGCGGAUUUACGUCCAACCUCAUUCAUACUAUAAAAUAAUUUUAAGCUUAAAACUAGAGCGAGUUGAAAACCUUAGUAUCAAAAUCUCAUUUUUUCAUAAUCAUAUACUAUCGGUUGCGAUCCGUUCGAAGAUAUUUUCGCCUACGUAUAAAUAACCAUUUCGAUUAUAUUGAUAAAUAUACACAAGCAUUCAUCUGCGAUAUCGCAUCGAAUGAAAAAUAUAUGGGCGAGUAAAAGAGCGCAAAAUUACAGAAAAUCCAAUGCUCAAAACAAAUCACCUUUCUCGUCUCAUAUAUAUACGCGUUAAUUAAUCGGUUAAAAUACUUGUUCCAUUUUGAUUAUUAUCUCAUGUGUAAUAAUUGACUUCUUAUGGUAAGAGUGCGAUCGAAAAAAUUGCAAAAUUUACUGUUUCACGAAUAGUAUUUUUUUUGCAAUGCGUUUGAACAACCUCAUUUCCACGCUAGUCUAUCCUGCUUCACUGAUUCGCAAUAAAGUGUCAUAACCUCGAAUUUGUACGAGACCACGAAAACUGUUGGGAAACCCCUCCCGACAACACGGACUAAAUUGACCAUCUUUUUUUGCUUUUAUAGCAUCAAUUUCCGUGUAUACCAAAAUGCCGUCUUUUCACCGAUCGAGAUCGCUAUUUUUUGUCACAUCAGUUUAUAAUAAAACUUUCAUUCAUAAAAACGCACAACGGACUCGAUUGAAAUCAGCAAAUAAGCAAUGUAAACAUUAAUUAAUGAACUUCGGAGCAAUAAAUGACGGUAUUCAAAA